GCAAACCGAAAUAAAAAAGAUAGCAUUUGUAAUCUGUAAUCGCUGUAAUAUUAGAAAGGAAACUUCACGUUAUCUCAAGGUGCUAACGUUAACUGCUAGCGUCAAGACACUGACAGCUGCGAAGGGCAAAGGUGAAUUUGUAGCAAGACCCGAUUUGUGUCAGAAAAUCCCAGCUGGCCUUAAAACGAUCACUCUCCAGUUGGACAGACAUGCAAUAGGUGCUAAGAUGUCAGACAGUGAAGCUACAGCAACAGAAGGUCCAGAGGUGGCUCCGGAGAUUCAGAACGCCUCUCCUGCCAAAACACAUGACACCUCCUCUCCGACUACACCUGACAUCUCGACUGACGUGGCCCCGACGAGGAAAGCCAGGAGGAGACCGGACCCCAAGUCUACAGCUGAAGCUGAGGAGAUGCCAAAAGCAGAGGAGCAGCUGGCAAAGACACCCAGUGAGUCCACUGUGUCUCCCAGUGGUUGGGGAUACUGGGGCAGCUGGGGCAAAACCAUCUUAUCCACAGCAACAGCUACUGUGGCCACUGUGGGCCAAGGGCUCACUCAGGUGAUAGAAAAGGCUGAGACGUCUUUGGGAAUUCCCAGUCCGACUGAACUGUCGGUGCAGGUGGGGGAAGAGCAGAAACAGCAGGGCAAUGCCAGCGGUGAGACGGACAAAGCAGCAGAAGACGGAUUAUCAGCAGUGGGAGGUGCAAUGGGAAUGCUGUCAUCACUCACCAACGUCGUCCAGAGCACAGGUAAGACGGUGAUAACAGGUGGUCUGGAUGCUCUGGAGUUCAUCGGGAAGAAAACGAUGGAUGUGAUAGCAGAAGGUGACCCUGGCUUUAGGAAGACCAAAGGACUGAUGAACAGGAACAUAACUCUGUCUCAGGUGUUGAGGGAGGCAAAGGAGCGCGAGGAGCUGCAGACAGCACAGAAAGAGGCGCCUGAUUCGGAGAAGGUGGUCGCUCACUAUGGGAUGCUGUUUGAUGAAUUUCAGGGCCUCUCACACCUCGAGGCUCUGGAGAUUCUGUCUCGGGAGAGUGAGUUGAAGGUGAAGUCGGUGCUGACCACCUUAUCGGGAGACGAGCUGCUUCAGCUCAGAGAGGAGCUGGAUCAUAUCAAGGACUCCUUCUCCCUAGUGGAGUUUGAUGAUGAAGAAGUCGACGAGACGAAAGAUGAAGAUGGUACAGAGUUUGAGAGGGAGUUAACGGAGGCCUUGGAGGGUCUCGGUGUCUCUGCCACGGCUGACAAACUCAGCAAGGCUUGUAAGAACACCUGUAGCCAGAUCACUGACAUGACCCAACCAGAGAAGGAAGAGAGCGACGAGGACGUUAAGAAAACCCUUUCAAUAGAGGAGGUCCAUGCUGUAGCCAUCAGGAGUCUGGCUGAGCUGACUGCUCGAUCCAUUGAGCUUUUCCACAAGCUGGCUCAGAUGAUCGUCUUCUGCAGCAGCAGCGCCGAGGCCAGCGUCCUGUCACAGUUAACCAUUGUUUUGUGUAAAGAAAUCUCACAGCUUUCCAAAAGGUUCACCUCCUGCUUGACAGCUGCAGGGUCACAUGAGAAGGGAGAUGUCCUCAACCCGCUGAUAACAGGAGUCUUUUUAGAGGCAUCCAACAGUGCUUCUUACAUCCAGGAUGCUUUCCAGCUUCUAAUGCCUGUACUGGAGAUUUCCUACAUCCAGAGGAGAGCUGAAUCCACCGAGCCGUGACCAGCUGGCGUCACCACUGAACUGUACCACUGCCAUCGUGCUGCGACUCUGUCACAGCAGAGAACUUCUUUUAAAAACUGUCCACGUCAGCAUUUUCUCUGUGGUUCUCAGCUCAGGACAAAAUCAGUUUUACACCUGCAGGAAAGUGUGUUGUUGUCAAACAGUGUUAACUUUUUGUACAUUGCUGGUUUUUUUUAUAACCAUUUAAUAAUGUAUUUUUUCUUGACUGCACAGAAAAUACUUUGGGUUUGGUUUUCUAUGCAUAUAUUUCUUAAACCCUGUCAUCCAACAUAUUUCUGGUCCUGGAACAGCAAAUGUGUCUUUUUACAAGCACACUAAUAAGGAAUGAAUAAGUAGACAGUGUUGGGAUUUAAACGUAUGACUUUUUGUAGUCUUUGUGGCCACCAGGCCAUCGCUUAUCUGUCAAAUCAGGUUCUAGCUGACUCGAGAGGCCUUAAGUUACUUUUGAAAAUCUUCAGUGCAUAAAUUAUUGUUCUUUUAAUUUCUGGCAAUGUUGACAAUAUCCUUAAAUCAUGGGCAAACUGACUGUAAAAGCUUAUACUUCUGUUGGUUUUAUUCUUUUCUCUGACUGUCUUUUUGCUAAAUGUCACAUGGAAUCUUAAGUUUCAGUAGCCCUUCAUAAUCUAAAUACUUCCCAUCUGGUCUUUUUCUCUUUAGACAGCCCCAAAAUGGAAGACUUUAGAAUUGCAGACAAAAACUGACUUGCUCUUUAGCUGCUGUGAGGUUUGACUUGAUGUGUUAAAGCAAAAACGCUCAAGUUUUACUCUGGUAAAAUCAGAGAACAAUAAAAAAUAAUAGGGAAGACUAAUGUGUCAGACAGCUUGGAUAUUUGCAUUGAGAGGCCUUUAAAAACACUAACAGCUUUGAACAUGUUUUGAAUUGACAAUGUAUUUAAUCAGAAUCAUCAUUCCUAAUUAAAAUAUUAUACCUAUUA